AUGAACUACUUGGUUCACAAUACAGUUUUACUUAAUUUCCCAAUUCUCUCUUUCCUGAAAACAUUGUUAAAAUUAAAUUUUACAAUUUUAAGUUGUUAUAGAAAUUCAACUUCAAUUUUCCUCCCAAAAUGGAAGAAAGCAGACGACAUUCUCUUCGUCAUCAAAGACAGCAAUGGCAGGAUAACGACAAAGACAUUUUCCUAUGAGGAAAACCCUGAAAUUACAAAUAUUUCUUCAAAGGAUUUUUAUAAUUGGUCUAAUUACACUGGAAAUUGCACAACCGAUAAUGAGACCCGUGUCUGUAAUGACAGUGGUAAACCCUUGAUUUUUCAAGGCAAUUAUUUCAACAACGUGAAAUUCGUAUCAGUAACACCCAAUGGGUUAUUCAACUGUACCCCUAGGGCAACAGACAUUCAGUGCCGCAUGAUCAGUUACGAAGGAAGCGGUGAAGCUUUUCUAAACCUUGACACUUACAAGCAGCCAUUCAACUACACACUACAUGAUGCGCCAGUUUUCAAAAAAAAGGUCAGCAUAGACCACAAUUUCAAAUUAUUGGAGAUUUCCGGUGAAAGAAUGAAUUCUUCAGCUACAAUUGAUGACUACAGAAUUACUGUGAACAAAGAACCUUGUAAUGUAACUUCACUGAGUGACAAGAAGUUGAAGUGUCACUUCACCGCCUGUAUUGAAACGGAACUUUCUUGUGACAUCAUGAUCAUCCUUCAACAACGAAUGUUUUCUCUGAAAUAUAACAAGGUCACAAAUCAAUUCAUAUUAUAUCUACUAAUUAUUAUCUGUGUAAUUGGAGCACUAAUCUUGGUGAUUAUCAUCUAUUUUGUGUUUGUGAAAUGUUUGAAGAAACAGAAGAAAGAAUAUGAUAUCGACACGUCCAUCACCAUGGGAAUUUACAAGGAACCAGAGUUUGUCGGGCAGAAAGAUAUAAAUGAUGUGGCAGAAAUCGAUGUUCCAUUUCAGAAAAUGACCCAAUAUAUCGAACAAAUAUUAUUAAUAGAUAAACCACGUGGAUACAAAAAAAAUCCUGGUGGAAAAAAAUUACCUUUUGACAUUCAGGAGAAACUGGGCCACUUUGAGGUGUUGUUGAAAAAUAAAUUUUUUAUUUUGAACGUUAUAAAGGCCAUGGAAAGGAAGAAAAAUAUUUGUCACAAUGAAAACUACGAACUCUCGCUUCACUUGUGUCUUCUCCUGUCCUUCAAUUUAGGCUUUUUACGGGAAUUAUGUGAGGAAUUAUUCAAAGACCUCAUUCAUCACACCAAAGAAAAAGAAAAGAAGAAAAUCAUGUCACGGUUUGAUUCAAUAGCAGAGAGUAUCAUAAAGAACUGGUUGGCUUUGUCCAUGUACCCUUAUAUGAAGUUUAAGUUUGAACCAUUGCUGUACAAUUUCGUUAAUGAAGUUCGACAGUUUCUGACACAAGGACCUGUUGACGAAGUGACAGGGAGCAGUCAACACUAUUUCUUCAAAUCUUGUGGAAUUUCCAAACCAAUAGAGUACACGAAGAUUAAUGUUCAGCUAAUCUACAUAGGAAGAUGUGUUCAAGUGUCUGUUCUGUCUUGUGAUUCUAUCUCACAACUAAAGACCAAAUGUCUUGUCGCCUACCAAGCCAAAGAUGUCAGCUGUGUCCUGCUCAACCCAGAAGACAUUCAAAUAGUGUUCAGAGGUUCUGUUCUGAAUGAAUACACAGAAGAGGUUGACAGCAAUGGCUACUCCUUGAUGGCAACGGUCAAUACAUACAUUAUCAGGGACGGAGAUCAGUUGCAUUUUAAAAAAGUUGCGAAGCCAGCCACGUUUGAUAUCGAGACCAGAUACGUCACUCUUGGAGCCAGUGUUAAUAUUGUAUCAAAGAAAGUCAACAAGUCUUAUCACUUGGUUGCCGGAGAUAAACGGAAAGCUCUAUCGAUGACCGACAUUAGCCACAUGAAGCUUCCCGCAGAACUGGAAGCUCUUCUGCUGAAUUUGUUUUCCAAAAUGCUGGACCAAGCAAACACUGCCCCACCUCUAAGAUAUCUUCACAAUUUCUUUAUUCAUCAAGCAUCAAAGUUUUUACUGAACGAUGGAAGCCAAUGGACAAUAAACAGUUUUGUUAUCCAGAUGUGUUCCCAGUUUAUUUCUCACCCGAAUAUUCUUCUGGAUAUACCCAUAGACUUAUGUGUCCAGAAAAACCUCUCAGCUAUUCAAUUAUACAUAAAAGAGGCCCUAUUGCGACCUAAAUCGAUUUCUUCGAAAACAAGUCAGGUGGGAAAACAAAUCUAUGCAAUGGUGUCAAGAUUUAUUUCUCAAUUAAAUGAGCAACCGGAAGUCGAUAAAAGCGUUGUGAUAAAGUCAUUGCAGGAAGCAUCGGCACUCUUCACCAAUGGCAUAACAAUCUACAAAGAAAUCUCUCUCUAUUCCCUCUUGAGGAUAAUGGAGAACAAUUAUGUUGUUGUCUACAAAGCUUUAGAAAGCAACGAGACUGCGCGAAAACUUUGCCUUCAUGAGAAAUUCUCCAAUAUCUUCCACUAAUUAUAAAGAAGCUGCCUUUGUAAAAUAUGGAAUUAUUAUUAUUAUUAUUAAUUAAUACUAUUAAGGCAGCAAGCUGACAGAAUCGUUAGCGAACCAGGCAAAAUGGUUGGGCGGCAUUUCGUUUGUCUUUACGUUCUGAGUUCUAGUGCUGCCUAGUUCGACUUUGCCUUUCAUCAUUUGGGAUCGAUAAAAUAAAUACCAUCUGUAUGCUGGGGUUGAUCUAAUCGACUUACCCCUCCCCUGAACUUACUGGCCAUGUGCCAAAAUUUGAAAUCAUCAUUAUUAUUAUUUCUUUUUAUCACAGGUUUUGUUGGAACUCCUACAGCCAACGGUACCAUGCUAUCUGUUCUUUUCAGCUAUCUAAUACUUUCCUGGUUAUUCUGGCCCUGCCAAAGAGGCAAACCUUUUGUAACAGUUCAUCUGGGCACUCUAUUCUGAUUUCCUUUAUAUUCCCUUGAUGCCUUCUGAUACUGUUCCCAAGGACCCAACAAUAAUUGGCACUAUCUUCACCUUCUUAAUUUUCCAUAGCUGAGUUAUUUCAUACUUAAGAGGGUUGUAUUUAUUUUUUGGCAUCCGUUCUUCGUGGAUCAAAGGGGCAUGCAACAUCAACUAAAUAGCACAUGUGGUGCAUCUUGUCGACCGCCACCAGGUCCGGUCUAUUACACUCUAGCACCUGAUCUGUUUGGAUUGGGAAAUCCCAGAAGAUUUUGCAAGUCUCCGACUCCACCACUCUGUGCAGUUUGUGCUCAUACCACAUCUUGCCUCUCUCUAGCCCUCACUUUUCUCACAGUUUCCAAUGUAGCACUUUCGCUACCUCAUCGUGUCGCCACCACUUGUAGCAGUUUUGGGCAAGUCAAAGGCAUUCGUUCGUGAUAUGAGCAAUGGUUUCAUCCACUCUAUUACAGAUGCAGCAUAAGUCUGGUACUUAUUCUAUCAAUUCGCUUUUGCCAAACCGCUAAUAUCAAUGGAAAGUAAACAAAAUGUGCGUUUGUCUGUGUGCUUAUAUACAUACAUACAUAGAUAAAUAUUCUUAUGCAUUUAGCAAUAUGAGUAGUGAGAUACGAACUCUCGAUCCUCUGGUUGAUAGAUUAUAUCGACUUGGUUCGUUCCACGGCCCAUCUCCCACACCUGCAACACCUCCAGCAUCUGUGUCUUUGAAAAUAUUCUUGGAACUAACGAUUUACCAAAUCUGAACGUUAAUUGUAGUUACUGGGAUAUUCUUAGCUUUUAACGUGUAAAAAUGCUUGGCUUCGGCAAGAAAAUUGUUGCUUAGAAAAGCAGCAAUGGAUAUUGUUGUUGCUGUUGUUGUUGCUGUAGCUGUUUUCUUUCAUGGUAAAACAAAAAUAUAAAAAUUAAAAUUAAUUCUUUAAGAUAGCAACGGUUUAUAAUUUUCCAUGCUUUUUAUUGACGAUACGGGCGAUGAUGAUGAUGAAGAUGAUGAUGAUAGUGACGGUGGUGGUGGUAGUGAUGAGGGUGGUGAUGAUGGUAGUGGUGGUGGUUAUGAUGAUGAUGGUGAUGAUGAUGAUGAUGAUAAUGAUGAUGAUGAUGAUGAUGAUGACGAUGACGGCACUGUUGCUGAUUACGAUGAUGGUGAUAAUGAUGACGACGACGACGAUGACGAUGGUGGUGGUAAUGAUGAUGAUGAUGAUGAUGAUGACGACGUUGGUUAGUUUUGAUAAUAACACUGUGUAAAUUGCUUCUGCUUCUACUAUCUGUUGGUGCCAUACCAAAAGGAAACCAUUUAGCAAAAUAAUAAUCGAUUGCAGAUUUUCGUUUUUUUUUUUCUUUUUGAAAAAUAAACGCCCAUUGAAAGUUAUUCCAUUGU